AAAUCUUUGCAAUAACAUCAUCACCGCUACCGCAAAACAGCUAGUGUGUUGCUUUAUCUCAACUAGCUACCAAUUAAAAACAUAUUCAAACCACGCAUUGUGUAUGCGUAUACCAAUAACAACAACCACGACAACUCUACUAUACUCGUCUAACACAAGCGAGGCGAGGAGAUUACAACAUCGUCUCCGGCAUCACAUAUCCGUGGCACAGCACUUCCGAGCAGAUCACCGUUCGCCAUGACCGAGCUCGUCUACCACAACGGCCACUACCACGAGGUCCCCCGCCGCGAUCGGCGUCGCCAGAAACGCGACGACUCCUGGAGCGUCAUGAAGUUUUGGGACGAGGUGCUGUAUGGCAUCGGCGAUCUCUACUACAGGGUGCGCAAACGAUACUAGCUUGUGUUGCAGCGCUGCUUCAAGGUUGCGGGAGUGUCAAGUACGAAAAUAGUAUAUUGAAUUAUACGAUCGAUAUUUAAAAAAGGUAGCCGGACAGGAUAUACGCUUAUUAGUGCCAUUUCAC